AUGCCUCAGCCUCAAGUCGCGAACGGGGAGAGACGAACUGCUGGAGGCGCUCACGGCGGACAAAUCAGGCGCGGACCCGCGAAAGCGAAACCGAAAACUGAACGUGGCGUCGGAGGAGGGGGCGUGGCAGCGACUUCCCCGCCGCCGACGGAGCGCUUCGACGAUCGCGAUCGAAAGUUCUAUGCGGUUGGAGACGCCCCUCCUUCACCCGAGUACGACAACAGCGAUUCAUCUGUCUCCGGCUCGGAAGAUGAGUAUGCCCACACAACGGAUGUCGUCUUAGGCGAGAUAACAGGCGAGGUGAACCUGAGCGAGUACAUGAUCGAGCUUGAGCGGAAGUUUCAAGCUGAGCUUCUCGAAGCGGCUAGCAGAGUGCGAGAGGCGGGCAGUGAAGGUAGAGGCGAGACACCUGGGCAAGGCGCAGGACGACGGAACUGGUCUGCCGCCGGUUACGCGCGCGGAGGAGGGAGCGGAGAGAUAGGUCGCGAUGGAUUCGAGCCUGCCGCCGGCGCCCUUCGACUUGGCGCCACCCCAGGAUACGACCGGCCGCAAAUUGGGGGGCUCUCAGACGCUGACUGCGCGAGACCAGGGGAUGCCGCGCGACGCGAUACCGUGCGACGCGAUAAUAGUGACGAUAGCGACCGAAGAUGUGGUCACGACGAUGCCGACGACGAUCCGGACAUUAAUUACGCAUACGGUGAGAUAGAUUAUGGAAUUGAAACGGACAGCGGCUUCGCGGCAGAUAUUUUCGGCACCGAUGGCGCGGAUGCUGCAGAGCUCUCACCUGGCACUGGGCUGUACGAGGACGACAGCGACGACGAGCUGUGGAUCGGAGAACACGCCAUGGACGUAUCCGGGAGAAGAGUCAAUGUCCUCGCCGGGGCGACAGGUGUCGGGCGUAGCGUCGACAGCAGCGGUGAGGAACGGAAAAAAGUCAACGCCACGCUCGGUGUUGUCAGCAACGGUUUCCUUCAAAGCUACCUCGGUGGCGGCAGCAGUAACAGUUCCUCGGAUGUACACGACAAUGCGUACGGUGUGCAUGAAGUCAUAGCCCGAGGGGGGAAAUCUGCCGAGGUUGCAGGCGCGAUUGGGGAUGGAUUGAGCGCUGCGGAGUUUGGUGGUGGUCGCCUGAGAGCGUGUUGUGUGGACUUUGACAGAGACGCCGCACCAGCGCAUGCAGCGGCGAUCUCGCUGGUUAAAUCGCCCGGACGACGUCGACCACGAAUAACAUCCGCAAGCGCGGCGCAAACUCGCGAGGAAAUUUCAAGACAUUGGGAGCUUUUACAGCGCCCACCGUCCCGUCAGCGCCCGCCGCCAGAGUCGCUGAAUUUGUUCCAACCGUUCACGGACCCAUCCACUUCGGGGUCAAGACCGGGGCCGGGUUUCAUCACCGGUGACAUACCUGCCGAUAAGAUCCGAGAUGGAACGAGCGAAAUGAUUCGGCUUAGUGGUGACGCCCGUGUUGCGAAAGCGGGGGAAGUUCGUGGCGUCGCGCUUGCAAGCAGGCCAAGCACGAGCGGAGGUGGCAGUUGCCGACGCGCGUUUUUCGGCGCGUCGCAACUCGUCCCUCGUCACGGCGCGCGCCCGCCGUCGCGUAAAGCAUUGGGGAAUUUUCACGCCGCUGCGCGCGCUCGUGUAUAUGGGGCUAGUGAUAGUGGCGGUGGAGAUGGUGGUAGCGACGGCUGCGGGAUAGGAUGGGGCACGGUGUCGGGGAGGUCGGACAACGGUGGCGACUUCGAAUUCACUGUCCAAGGCCGAUCCGCCGCAGGGGCGGUGCCCGGGUACGGGAAAGGGUCAUCCCGGCCCACGGGGAUGGCGGCAUCGAUGCUGCCAUACGCAUCCACGCGUGACACAUGAGAGAGGCAUGCUCUCCCGUUCCGGGUGAAGUGCACGCCUAUGAGAAUGAUGAAAGUGUUUCGUUUACCAUACUUGGAACAGGGAAAUUUAUCGUUCGCUU